CGUGUUGGCGUCGUUCACUUCGCGUUGUCUUGUUGUCGCCAAGAAACCCCUUAAAAUAACAGUCAUCCCGGUUUUUUCAAGUCAAAUUUUUCCAGAAUUGCGUUGAAAACGCUUUGAAUUCGGUGUUUUUGUUGUUAUUUUCGUGUUAAACCCGGUUUUUAAAAAGCCGCUACAAUGGCCGAUGCCGAUGAUCUUUUAGACUACGAAGACGAAGAAAAUCCGGAACAAACCGUUGCCGAGACCGUCGGGGCCGGUGACCAGAAGAAGGGCAUCAAGGGUACUUACGUGUCCAUCCACAGUUCAGGCUUCAGGGAUUUUCUCCUGAAACCGGAAAUUUUGCGCGCCAUUGUUGACUGCGGUUUUGAGCACCCGUCUGAAGUGCAACACGAAUGCAUCCCACAGGCAGUUCUUGGUAUGGACAUCUUGUGCCAAGCCAAGUCCGGUAUGGGCAAGACUGCAGUGUUCGUCCUGGCGACGCUUCAGCAGUUGGAGCCAACCGAAAACGUGGUUUACGUGCUUGUAAUGUGCCACACGCGCGAAUUGGCCUUCCAAAUCAGCAAAGAGUACGAGCGGUUCAGUAAAUACAUGCCAAACAUCAAAGUCGGUGUGUUUUUCGGCGGCUUGUCUAUACAAAAGGACGAGGAGGUGUUGAAGAAUAAUUGCCCCCAUAUCGUCGUUGGGACACCGGGACGCAUCCUCGCCUUGGUCCGGUCCAAGAAACUCAAUCUCAAGCAUCUCAAACAUUUCAUUCUUGACGAGUGCGACAAGAUGCUGGAGUUAUUAGAUAUGAGGAGGGACGUGCAAGAAAUUUACCGUAACACGCCGCACGGCAAGCAAGUAAUGAUGUUCAGCGCCACCCUAAGUAAAGAAAUUCGCCCCGUCUGCAAGAAGUUUAUGCAAGAUCCGAUGGAAGUUUAUGUGGACGAUGAAGCGAAAUUAACUCUGCACGGACUUCAGCAACAUUACGUUAAACUAAAGGAAAAUGAGAAAAACAAAAAAUUGUUUGAGCUGCUUGAUGUUUUGGAAUUUAACCAGGUUGUUAUUUUCGUCAAAUCAGUCCAACGAUGUAUUGCUUUGGCGCAACUAUUGACGGAACAGAAUUUCCCCGCCAUUGGCAUUCACAGAGGUAUGAACCAAGAAGAACGUCUUUCACGUUACCAACAAUUUAAAGACUUCCAAAAGAGAAUUUUGGUCGCCACGAAUUUGUUUGGCAGAGGCAUGGAUAUUGAACGAGUAAAUAUCGUUUUUAACUACGACAUGCCUGAGGAUUCAGAUACUUACUUACAUCGUGUGGCAAGAGCUGGUCGUUUUGGUACUAAAGGUCUUGCUGUUACUUUUGUAUCAGAAGAAAGCGAUGCGAAAAUCUUAAAUGAAGUGCAAGACAGGUUUGAUGUUAACAUUACGGAAUUACCGGACGAAAUUGAUCUCAGCACAUAUAUUGAAGGACGAUGAUUGCACAGUCGUGGUGUAAGGUGUAUUUACUUGUGUUUUUCAUUAAUUUGAGUGUUGGGUAAUUUUUUGUUACCCACUUAGAAUAUUUAAGUUUCAAUAUUCGACAAGUUCCAUUUUUUUAUGUGAAUGUAUUCUAAUAAAUGUCACAAUUAUAA